AUGGAUGUUGUUAAAACUGUUGGUAAAUAUCUUAAUACACCUGUUGGCACAAUAUGCUAUAAUACAGACAAGGUUUUAACUACGCUUUUAGAUAAAGAAAAUGUGGAAGGACUUGCUAGUAUUAUAUUGCGAUUAGCAGCCAAGAGCGGUACCACCAUGAGUCAAGAGCAAACUCUUCUCAGCUAUCAGUGGUUAGAACACAUAGCUAUGUAUGCUAACCAAGCCAUAACGAAUUCUAAUUUUGCAAAAAGUUUCUUACAGGUUUUAACUACGCUUUUAGAUAAAGAAAAUGUGGAAGGACUUGCUAGUAUUAUAUUGCGAUUAGCAGCCAAGAGCGGUACCACCAUGAGUCAAGAGCAAACUCUUCUCAGCUAUCAGUGGUUAGAACACAUAGCUAUGUAUGCUAACCAAGCCAUAACGAAUUCUAAUUUUGCAAAAAGUUUCUUACAGGGAAUAAACAAAGCCUUGGAGAAGAGUACAUAUUUAACAGGAAAUUAUUUUACUGUUACUGAUAUAGCUGCAUACCAUGUCCUUUACCCAUUAAUUGAAAGGAUCUCAGUAUCUGAACAGGAAUCCUUACUCCAUAUAAAGAAAAAUGUGGAAGGACUUGCUAGUAUUAUAUUGCGAUUAGCAGCCAAGAGCGGUACCACCAUGAGUCAAGAGCAAACUCUUCUCAGCUAUCAGUGGUUAGAACACAUAGCUAUGUAUGCUAACCAAGCCAUAACGAAUUCUAAUUUUGCAAAAAGUUUCUUACAGGUUUUAACUACGCUUUUAGAUAAAGAAAAUGUGGAAGGACUUGCUAGUAUUAUAUUGCGAUUAGCAGCCAAGAGCGGUACCACCAUGAGUCAAGAGCAAACUCUUCUCAGCUAUCAGUGGUUAGAACACAUAGCUAUGUAUGCUAACCAAGCCAUAACGAAUUCUAAUUUUGCAAAAAGUUUCUUACAGGGAAUAAACAAAGCCUUGGAGAAGAGUACAUAUUUAACAGGAAAUUAUUUUACUGUUACUGAUAUAGCUGCGUACCAUGUCCUUUACCCAUUAAUUGUAAGUAAAACAAUA